ACAGCAUGGGAAUACGUACCUACGUACCUGGUGGGGCAAGGGCGGCUCGGUUAUCUCAUAACUGAAGCUGACUAAGAUUUGAUUAGUAUUCACUGUCGCAAGUUGCCUAGGCACAUGUUGGCUCCAGCUCUUACUUCAUCAGUAUUGGUCCUGAUUUAUUGUUCGAAGUCUCAACUGUUAAUGAUGGCAUAUCUGUAGAAAAGUAAUGGAAACACACUGCUGAUUAGGUAUAAACAUUUCGGAAAAUAUACAGAGAAACGAGUCUUCGUCAUGGGCGGCCACAUCGAUCUGUACAUUGACCUCGCGUCGCUAUACAGCUACAUCGCACUCGUCCAGGUGCUCAAGACCCGUGAUCUUCUCAAGCAGCAUUCUGUAGAAAUCGAGAUCCACCCGGUCCUCCUAGGUGCCAUCAACGCCGGCUCCGGCAACAAACCCCCCUGGAUCCUCCCCGCCAAAGCCGCCCACAGCGCGCACGACAGCCGGCGGUCGCUGCACGCCGUGGGCCUGCACUCCGUCUCCGCGCCCGGCGACCUCUUCGAAGCCGGCAAGACGCAGCUGCCCCUGCGCGCGCUGCACUUCAUAAAAACGCGGUACCCGGCCGCCGUCUACCUCGCCGCGUGGCGGCACCUGUUCCACGCCUUCUGGACCCUGCACCGGCCGCCCAACACGGCGGCGCUCCUGCGCGAGGCACUGUCCGCCGCCUCCGCCUCCGCCCCGGCGGCGGACUUCGCCAACGUUUCCGGGGGAAAAGCGGCUGCUGAGGGAGAAGGAAGGGGAGGAGGAAAGCGGUUAUUCGCGGCCCCUGAGGUCGAUGCCAUUGUAGACGCGGCCGGGUCGGCCGAGUACAAGGACGCGCUGCGGCGGACGACCGAGACGGCGCUGAAGCGCGGCGCGUUCGGCGCCCCUUGGCUGUGGGUUACUAACUCGGAGACCCGGCAGAGCGAGCCUUUCUUCGGCAGCGACAGGUGGCACCACGUGUACGAGUUCCUCGGCUUACCGUAUCAGGAGGUCGCGUUGCUCGCGCCGGGGGCGGAAAAAUCCAAGAUUUAGGGCGUAAUCCCUUUAUCUGACGGAGAUAUCUGCUGGAGGACAAGUCUGAGAUUGUUCAAGCACGUGUUGAUAUGGCAAUGUUGAGAUCAUGGCUAGGAAUUGUAUUAAUCAAUAUGUAUAGGUAGAUAGGCUAGUUAUAUCGUGACGCUUUAUCCAAACUCUUUAUCCAAACGAAGCAAAUGGGUAUG